CCUUUGUCCAUUAGGCAACUACGAUUCUCACGCCUAUAUAUUGUUCCUGGCAACCUUGGAGGCCAUCAAAGGCCAAAUCGCACGAUCUCGCGCACAAACAAUGACGAGCAAUCCUAUAGAAAUCCCAUCAGCUGUCGCAGAUGCUUUUGACUCCUUCACUCUUGAUAGCUCUCUGAUAGCUUUGAUCUUGACUCUCGACGGAAACACGCUUCAUGCCCAUCCGAGUAUUCGCAGCAAGGGUCCAGAAAGCCCCUUCCAGAGUAAUCUCAGCCUGCUGGAUGAUGUACUUGAUUCCAAGACAUCUCUCUACAUUCUUCUUCGCCGCGGCAGCUCUAUUUAUGCAAUUACAUUUGUGCCGUACCGAGCACCUGAGGAUGAACGCGAGAAGUACCUCCGCUACAGACAUGACUUGGUGCAAUUGUUAGGAGGGGAGCAUUUUGAGAUGAGCUUGAUUUGCAAAGAAAUCGGGGAGAUAACAGAUGCACGAUCCUGGGUUGAAAGAGAUGCACACAGGCAAGGAAACAGACCAGAGAAAUGCACAGAUGCGUGCGAAGAUGCGCACGACCAAAGUUUCGAUCCGAAGGAUGCAGGCUACAAAAAGAACGAAUGCCGCCUCUGCGACCGCAGAAUGAAGAAUAAGAUUACAGAUGAAGUUCUUGGAGCACUCGGGAAGCUUGAAAACGAGGGAGACUGUGUGCAGAUUGAAACGUACUUACAUCUAAUCAUAAUUCAGUCCCUGGACGCAGAUCUGUCCCUCGCUCUUGACCUGCAGACUUCGUCUCUGCCGCCUGAACAAGUAUCCUCACAUCUCCCAACGGCGCAUCCCACCUUCACGUUCUACCGUCAUCCCAACAAACUUCUCUACUUCGUCUUUCAUUCACCCGAUUCCGCAACCGUACAGCAGCGCAUGAAACAUACAAUGGCUAUUCCCGGUCUAGUCAAUGUUCAUGCUGGAGAUUGCGGCGUACACGUUGAUCAGAAGAUCGAGAUUCACGAACCAGAAGAUCUGGUGUUCGAACAAGGAGACGAUAAAGUAGGAAAGUUCAGAAGCAUGUACCUGAGAGGCGGAUGGCAAGGUACUGAGAGUCAGUACGAGGGACUGGAUAGGGAUAAGAAGUUCUACGACGCAGUGAAGUGAAAGAGAUGGCUCGUUUAUGCUAAUAUAAUAGGUGUGAACGAAAGAACUUUACGCGUCAGAGUACCAUAAUUUGUAGACAUUGCGAGUAGAAAGGUUGCGAACCGUCAGUGUGGCAUGACCUAACUAUUUUAGGCUAGCACAGCCACCACAACACUGCACCCUUCGUUUGUGCCUUGUGAUGUCAGCACC